AUUACGGGAGCUUAUGUGGGCCCCUCCAGUUUUAUAUACAUCAACAUUCAAUAUUCAAUGCUAAUUGCUCAUUGCUCAUUGCUCAUGGCCUCUUCCUCCUCUUCUCGCGACGGACACUACAGAGGGGUUAGGAAGCGACCCUGGGGACGCUACGCCGCUGAAAUACGCGACCCCUGGAAGAAGACACGUGUCUGGCUCGGCACCUUCGACACGCCCGAGGAGGCCGCCCUCGCCUACGACGCCGCCGCCCGCUCCCUCCGCGGCGCCAAGGCCAAAACCAACUUCCCUCCGCCUCCGCCGCUCUGCCUCGACCUCAACGCGCCUUCCUCCGAUCACCACCGCUGGCCGCCCCUCCCCUCGCGCGCCCUCGUCCUCACCGAGUUCCUCCACACCGCCGUUCUCAAGGACAUCGAUCCGCCGCUCCCGCCUCCCUCCGCCGUCCCUCACCGUCGCGGCGAGGCCUCCGCCGCUGUUCAGGUGGUGGAGAGCUCACACUCGCAGACCGCGUCGUUUUUGGGACUGGUCCGGCGCGGCAUCCCCAUCGACUUGAACGAGCCUCCACCCUUGUGGCUAUGAGUGAGGUUUUCCACGGCGUCGUUUUAGCUUCCCUAGCCUCUUUUCUAAUUAUGUUUUUUGUUAUUUUAAUUUUCCCUCUUCAUGCUUAGGUUAUGUUAGCGUUGUAUUGUAUCGUAGAGGGAGUAUGAGUAUGAGAGUAUCUAUCUGUCCAUGUGACUCUGUCUAACAUUAGGUGAAUGAAGAAAAAAAGAAGCUAUGAAUAUAUGCUACUAAUGUAUAUACAUUCAGUAAUCAGUAUCAAUGUCUAUGAAUUUAGAGCGUUA